AUGCAUUACGCGACACUGCCUCUUCUCGCUUCCCUGGCUUCGGCCGCUGUUGGGCAGACCGAACAGGUGAUUGGAGCCUACAUCUUCCACCGCCAUGGAGAUCGUACGGCAAAGUCAACGCCACCGGCAAAUCUCACGGAUCUUGGCUAUCAAGAGGUAUACACAUCUGGUACCUAUUAUCGUAGCCGCUACGUGAGCAGCGACGCGAGCCGCCGCAUCUAUGGCCUGAACUCCGAUCUUGUAAAGCAGUCGCAAAUCACGGCCUCGGCACCCAGCGACACGGUUCUGCAGAACUCGGCCCUUGGUUUCCUUCAAGGUCUAUAUCCUCCAGUCGGCGAGACACUUGGCAGCAACACUCUCCGCAAUGGUAGCGUUGUCCAGUCGCCUCUCAACGGCUACCAAUUGAUUCCACUCGAGACUGUCACCACCGGCACCAACAGCGAGAACUCAGGCUGGCUCCAGGGUUCGACCAACUGUGCCAAUGCCCAGAUCAGCUCCAACAACUACUUCAACAGUGCCAGCUACCUCGCCACGCUUGAAAGCACGCAAUCCUUCUACGAUGGCGUCGCACCCAUGAUCAACCGCACCUUCACCGCGCAACAGACGAGCUUCAAGAACGCCUACACCAUUUUCGACCUGCUUAACGUAGCCAGCAUCCACAACUCGUCCGACAACUUCCCCAACGCGGAUCUCCUCACUCCGGAGACGUUCUUCCAGCUGCGCACAAGAGCAGAUCAGCACGAGUUUGGCCUGGCUUACAACGAAUCCGAGCCAAUCCGCGCGGUCACGGGUUCCGUGAUUGCUGCGCAAGUCGUCGACGCCCUCAACGGCACCAUCGCUAACAAGGGGAAGAACAAGCUCAACAUCCAGUUCGGCGCGUACGCGGGCAUGCUCUCGUACUUUGGCCUCGCGAACCUCACGGCCGCCAGCCCCGACUUCUUUGGAGUCCCAGACUACGCCUCCAGCCUCGUAUGGGAGCUCGUGACCAACGCCACCGUGUCGAGCUCCUCGUUCCCCACCGCCGACGAGAUCAGCGUCCGCUUCUACUUCCACAACGGCACCACGAGCAACUCCAGCGUGCCCACCGAGUUCCCUCUGUUCGGCGGAUCGCAGUCCCCGUUGCCCUGGUCCGACUUCGUGGCCGGCAUGAACAAGUUCUCCAUCAACUCGCAGGCUGACUGGUGCAAGGCGUGCGGAAACUCGACGGGCCAGUGUAGCCCAGCUGCUCUUGGCCUUGAAGACAGCUCACCCGUCGGCUCCAGCUCGACGUCUGGCAACAGCAGCGGCGGUGGCAUGUCCAAGGCCGUCGCGGGUGUCAUUGGUGCCAUGGUGACCCUGGGUGUCAUUCUCGGCUUGGAACUGCUUAUUGUUCUGGUGGGUGGACUGAGAGUUGUCAGCAAGAAGCGUCUUGCCGGUGCUGGUGUCGCUGCUCAACCCGACAUGACUGCCUCUGGUCCUUCAAAGGCCUAA